CUCUACCGCGUUGCGAGGGUAGCUCGAUCGAGUUGCUUCGUAGAGGGGUGACUCGCAAGACUCGUGAAUUUGUCACGGAGUCGUAUGUGAUCAGGAAGCGAUGCACGCAGCUUCCAUCGCUGAUCCUCGGAGUUAGCAUUGUGUGUAGCGGAGUUUUGCGAGGGUGAAAUCAGUUCUCCGGCAGCCCUUUUUUUUUUUUUUUUUUUUCUUUUUUUUGCUUUUCAAGCGAGGUGGUGUUGGACAUUUAACUAGGGUUUUGCGCUUAAAACUCUUGAAGCGUGGUAUUUGUGCGGAGCGACGGCAGGCGCUUUGUUUCUUUCACAGGGUGUAGAGGCAGGAGACGUGGAGGAGCAGCGAAUGUGUCGCUGAUUGUUUGUGGCACUAUGGAGGACGCCGAUGGAGGGCUUAGUUUUGACUUUGAGGGCGGAUUGGAGGCGGCUGUCGCUGCUGCAGGACCCCCUCAGACGGGUGCUCCUCAGCAGGCGUCGGUGAACAACAACGCACAAGUUCCGUCCUCGCUGGCUGCUCCUAAAAACCAACAAGCGAGGAAGAACUACAGGCAAACAGUGUGCAGACAUUGGUUGAGAGGUCUAUGUAUGAAGGGCGAUGCCUGUGGGUUCUUGCACCAAUUUGAUAAGGCGCGGAUGCCUGUGUGUCGGUUUUUUGCCAAGUUUGGAGAGUGCCGCGAGCCGGAUUGUAUUUACAAGCACACCAAUGAAGAUAUCAAAGAGUGUAACAUGUAUAAGUUGGGGUUUUGCCCGAAUGGACCCGAUUGUCGCUAUCGUCACCAGAAGUUGCCAGGGCCGCCACCAUCUGUCGAUCAAAACCUUCAAAAGAUUCAACAUCGGGUUUACGCACCCAAUACCAAUGGAACCACAACACAUCAUGGCAAACAUACACCUGCUCGUAAUUCGGAGGGUGGUCAAACGGGAGGCCGGGCAACUGCUGAGGAGGCGCAACCACCUCGCUCAUCCCGCCUCCCUGCACAACUAGUGGCACCUCAGUUACCUCCUGCGUCAGGAAUGGCAAAUGGACCUAUUCCUCCUACCUCCUUUCCAUCAAUCGCUGCUCCACUGCCGCUCGGGUAUUGUAGAUACUUUAUCGUGAAGAGCAGUAAUAGAGAAAACUUGGAGUUAUCAGUUGAACGAGGACUCUGGGCCACACAUCGUAACAAUGAGGCAAAAUUAAAUGACGCCUUCGACUCGUGUGAGCACGUCAUAUUCAUUUUUUCAGUCAACGAAACUCGACAUUUUCAGGGUUGCGCGCGAAUGAUGUCUAAGAUAGGAGGCGUUGCAGGUGGAGGAGCCUGGAAGUAUGCUCACGGCACUGCAAAUUAUGGCCGCAACUUCCGCUUGAAGUGGCUGAAGCUGUGUGAACUUUCAUUCUACAAGACGCGUCAUUUACGGAAUUCUUACAAUGAGAAUAUGCCCGUGAAGAUCAGCAGAGAUUGUCAAGAGCUGGAACCAAGUGUAGGAGAGCAACUGGCGCUCUUGUUGUACCAAGAGCCUGACUCUGACCUCAUGACACUCGCCAAGGAGUCAGAGGAGAAGCGAGAAGAUGAAAGAGCACGGGGCGCGCAGGAGCCCGAGCAAGAAGCAGAUAUAAUACCUUUUGAGGACAACGAUGAAGAUGAACUUGAGGAUGAUGACAGCGAAGAGGACGACUCUAACAGUCAAUCCACGUCUCCAGCAAAUGCAGGUCCUGGUGGUCGUGGUCGAGGACCGGGAAUCGGACGGGGGCGGGGAAUGUGGGGUCCUCAAGGCCCAGGAUUUGACGGGAUGGGCAGAGGAGGUAGGGGCAUGAUGAAUGGUCCUGGAGGAAGAGGUCUACCCUUCCACCCAGAGAUGGGGGGCGAGGGUUUUGGGAUGGGCUAUGAUGGGUAUGGAAUGGGUCCUGGAGAAGGUUUUAUGGGGCCCAGAGAUGGAUUUAUGGGACCGGGAGAAGGAUUCAUGGGACCUGGUGGUGGGUUCAUGGGACCUGGAGGCGGGUUUAUGGGUCCCGGUGAUCAUUUUGGAGGUCUUCCGGGACCUGCUCGAGGUUUCCCUCCGUUUGGGCAUCCUGGUGGUCCAGGACCUAAUUUCGGAGGUCCAGAAUUUCCAAAUUUUGGUCAUAUGGACGGUCCUGGUCCUAUGGGAUUUCCAGGCAGACCACCUCCUCCCAACGGCAUGAUGAUGGGGCCGAAUGGACCGGGGAUGAUGGGGCUACCUCAUAGUAUGAUGGGAGAAGGGCCAAUGUUGGGUCCAGACGGUCGUCCACCACCCUUCAUCAAUGGUCCAGGUGGUCCUCCUAUGGGGGGCCGUGGACCUCCCCGAGGGGCAAUGAAUAUGCCUUUCCGCCCACCCUUUGCUGGGAGGGGCGGUCGAGGUCCUGGAGAACAGCCAAAGAGGAGGCGUGGUGAUCGCGGUGGGCACAACAAAGGAGGAGCAGGUGGUAAUAAAGGCCGUUCCAAUCCUUCUGCUUCGACGAAUGAAGAAAGCUCUCAGGCUGAUGCAGGGCAAAGACAACAGUUGCCUAUUGGAGGUUCUGCAAGCUAUGCUGACGAAGAAGACAGUGAAAGCGAGGAUGAAGCACCUCGAAGGUCGAGACACGGGCAAGCGAAGAAGAGACGGAAGGAGUUGGAAGGUGGGGAGUCUGGUGAUCCAAGAUGGGACCCGGUAGCCAAUCAAUGGGAAGUGAAUUCAGGUGAUCCUGAUGAAGCAAAUUUAUAGAACGCAUGUUCUGCUGGGUUUGUGGAGAGUUAGCUUCAACUUUUGGUGACGGAUGAGUGAGACUUCUCUUCAAGUAUCAUCGUACUGAGAUUGUGAACGAAAGUACCUGAAUUUUCUAAAUUCGGGUUGUUCGGCCGCAUCACGUGGCAGAAUGACAAGCGGGUGUCAACACCAGUCUCGAAUGUUCUCUGUGGUGAAGGUCAAGGGCGGUUGGACAACCGAGAUCCAUGACUUUGGACCCAUGACUUCUCCAACACCAUGCUACACACUGCAUCCCCUUUCUUGAAGCAGAGGCGUUUGAGCUAUAUGCCGCGUUUCUCCGCCGAAGAUUACAUAUUUUCCUUUGCCGCAGAAGAUUUUCUGUUGCUAUCUUAUGUACAGCAAUAUCUGCUGUCUUGUAUUUUCCUUUUUACUCAUCUUCCAUUUGCAUACUUUCUUACGUGGAAGUAAGAGUUGUUUCCUGGAAACUCUUUGUUCAUAGCUUCUAGCCUUGCGGAUUAAUCUAUAUCACGUAUUGAGUAUUCCCAUUGAUUGAUAUGAGCCUGGAUUGAGAUAAUGGAACAGAAUAAACUUCUAGGAGCUAGCAGGUGAAAAGCACCUGAUUUAUUAGAUCGGAUAACUUCUGGGGUGGUUCGAAACUUUUGUUGAAAAAAUGGAGGCGAUCAUGUACCUCAAUGCCAGUCUAGUGAGGAUAAGCCCAACUUGUCCACACCAAGUAUAGUGAGGAUAGUUCACACUGAACAUUUUGUCAGCUCAGAGACCCUACACAGAGAAGACCUCGGGAUGCAGCAUCCGAAGUCAUCGAUUAAUUUCAAAUUUAGGACACUGAGGCUGUUCCGAGGCUGUUCCGAGGCUGUUCCAUAUGGCCUGUAAGUCUUAAAUUGUCACCUAGAGCUAGAAUCGAGUGACAAAAUUCUACACCACAAGAUGGAUAAAGUGUACGAUAUGACCCUCUUCAUUCUCUCCGCGCUAAUUAUAGUGUUCCUUGUAGCGUACUGUGGUUUAGACUCGAUGGUGAGCUAGCAACUUGCCUUUACAGAUAGGGCAGAGCUUCGCCAACGGAGCCGCAAUAACUACGCGAUUAAAUGGCACAGAAGAAUACCACUAGUCAUGAUUAGGUAUUUGGUUAGAGCUAUAUUUAGUGCUUUCUUUCUAAAUACAAGUAUAAUGCGGGGUCCCUUUGAUAA